UGUUUUUUCCGCAACCACCAGAAACUCAUAAAAAUAUUUUAACACAGUUGUGAUUUUACGUCGCAUUAUUAGUUGAUACAAUUAUUUAUUUUGAACGUUUUACUCAUAAACUUCACUUAACCCUCUUUGUUGUUGUCAUCAUUAAACCUUUUUGUUUUUUCACGUACUUAAUAAACCUUCAGCAUAAUGAGUUAUCCGGGAUACCCUCCUAACAAUCAAGGAUACCCUGGCCAACCUGGAGCGCAACAGCCAUACCCUGCUGGACAACCUGGUUAUCCACCCAUGCCAAGUCCUUAUCCCCCAUCUCAGCCUGGCUUUGCACAACCCGGUCAAUAUCCCCCUCAGCCAGGUAGCCAAUAUCCCCCACAGCCAGGUAGCCAAUAUCCUCCACAGCCAGGUAGCCAAUAUCCCCCACAGCCAGGUAGCCAAUAUCCUCCACAACCAGGUAGCCAAUAUCCUCCUGCUCCUGGUCAGUAUGCUCCAAAUUAUUCUUACUCUUCUGGAUAUCCAAGUGGUGUGCCAUCUCAAUAUCCUUCUUCAACCCCUAAUCAAGCACCUACCUCAGGUUAUCCAUCCCAAGCGGCAUAUCCAACACAAGGUGGAUAUCCACCAGGUCCUGUCCAACAAGUACCAUCUGCUUAUCCAAAUAUGACUGCUAGUGGUUAUGGAAAUGGUCAUCAAGCCCCACCCCAAGCACAAUAUCCACCUAUUACUUCUCCAGCUCACUAUCAACCAGUAGGGAGUUCACCUGUUCCAAAAAAGUCGAAUCCAACAUUACGUCCAGCCAAUCCAUUUAAUCCACAACAAGAUGCUGAAAUAUUACGUAAAGCAAUGAAAGGAUUUGGAACUGAUGAAAAGGCAAUUAUUAGUGUUUUGGCACAUAGAGUUAAUGCACAAAGACAAGAAAUUGCACUCCAGUUUAAGACCAUGUAUGGUAAAGAUUUGAUUUCUGAUUUGAAAAGUGAACUAAGUGGAAAAUUUGAAGAUUUGGUAGUUGCAUUAAUGACACCAACCUAUGAUUAUUUAGCAAAGGAAUUGCGUUAUGCUAUGGAAGGUAUUGGAACUAAUGAAGAAACAGUAAUUGAAAUAAUUUGCACUGCUUCUAAUUCUGAAAUAGUUAACAUUAAAUCUGCAUACCAAAAACUUUUUGGAAAAAAUUUAGAGAAAGAUCUUCAAAGUGAAACUUCUGGAAAUUUCCGUAGACUUUUAGUGUCGUUAUGUCAAGGACGCCGUGCUGAAACAUUUUCUGUAGACGUUGCAUCAGCACAAACUGAUGCUCAAAACUUAAUGAAAGCUGGUGAACUUCAACUUGGCACUGAUGAAUCAACAUUUAACAUGAUAUUAAGCAGCCGCAGUCAUGCUCAGUUACAACAAGUAUUUUUAGAAUAUCAUCGUAUAGCAGGACGUGAUUUUGAAGAUGUUCUUAAAAAUGAAUUUAGUGGUGACAUUGAGAAAGGAUUAAGAGCUAUAGUUCAAUGUGUUAGAAAUAAAGGUUCAUUCUUUGCGAAACGUUUACAUGAAAGUAUGGCUGGAUUUGGUACUAAUGAUCGAUCAUUGAUCAGAAUUGUUUCAACUCGUUGUGAAAUUGAUAUGGUUGACAUUAAGAAUUCUUACAUGUCUAUGUAUGGAAAAGCAUUGGAAGCAGACAUUUCGUCUGAAACAUUUAUGGAUGAUACAUCUGGUGACUACAAGAAAUGUCUAACAGCUCUGGUUGUUGGUUAAGAUGAAAAUAUAACUAUAAUGCAUUAUAUAUAUAAAAAUAAAAUAAGUGUUUGAUGCUAACACCAUUCACAUUUUUACUUGAAAUUUACAUAACAUUGCAUAUUAUAUGAUUAUAUAUUUUUCUAUGCUUGUUCUGAUUCUCAAAGUAUUAUAAUGCUUAUAAAUAUUACUUAAUUAUUAAAUUCUACUGAACAAAGUAUAAAUUAGGAAUUGGCAUACAAGGUAUAUAAAUUAUAAGCCUGAUAAAAGAGUUAUUAAUAUAAAAAUAUUUUUAUGCUAUGAAGAUAAAGUUUAAAAUUGCUAUUUUAGAGUAGAUAGUUUAUAUACUUAUUAAAUUUUAUAUUAUGCAUUUAUUAUUGUUAUUUAAUGUAAUCAAAAUUUAUUGAGUUGCUUUUAAUAUUUAUUGUUGAAAUAAUUAUUCUAUGUUAAUGUUAAAUAAAAUACUUAAUGUCUAUUUAAACAUAAUUUAAAUUAAUUGAGUUUUUUUAAAGAAAAAUGUAUUUAUUCAUAAGAGCAUUUUAUCCGGGGUGAGUAUUUAUUGUUUACUGUCAAACAAAAACGGUCAAGUUUGCUUCAAAAAAAUAUAAUAAGGCUAAAGAAAAUAUUCAUUAAAAUAAUUCAUAGAUUUUUCAUCAAAAUUUAAAUUUCUAAUGUCUUAAAGAAAUAUUAAAUCCCAUGCUUGACCAUUCAUUGUAUAAUAAUUCAACAAAAUAUGCAAUAUGUAAUGAUUUUUCUAAAAUUAUUUUUUGUUAAGUUAUUAAUUUUUUUGUCAAUUGUUACUUCAAAACACUUGAAAAUUAUUCUGUCAUUAUAUUGUUGUCCUCUAUUGUUAUUAACUUAAAUAUUUUAAAUUCAUAAAUUUAUUAUAAAAUUUUUAUACUUGUUUUUAUUUUUUUUAAACCAAUUUAUAUCUUGUAUUGUAACCACAAUUUUUUUAUUGUACUUGUGUAAUAUUUUAAUAAUUUAUUGAAUAUUUAACACUUCGUAAUUAAAUAAAUAUACUCUUAAUUAAAUACACUUAAUCCAAUUAUAA